GAGUACAACAACUUGAAGAAGUUUGGGGACUCCUUGUUGUCCAAAGCUGCUAAGCUCUCGGAUAUGUUGUCCGAGCUGGAGAUGUUCCUUGCCGAGGGACAGUCAGCAUCGAAAGAUGAGCCCGGCAAAGCAUCGGAGCAGAAGUGUAUCCAGGGCUUGGAGAAUGCGAUCUCCUGCCUCAAUCAAGAGCAUGAGAAGAUCGAGGCCGAGAAAGUCGCUGCCGCCGAUCUGGGCGAAAGGGGGUGUUCUGAUGACAUUGGCAAGCCGCUACUUGUCUGCGAUAUUUGGAAUGAGCUCGGGCGCAACAUUUGCAUUUGCAGAACCCAUGACCCUGAACUAAACCUUCUAAGCCCUACAUAG